UCUCGGUGCGGGCAGUUUCGUUAGGGAGUGUAAUUUCGGCCUAAAUAAAAACAAACACUACGUAACCAUAAAUAUAUGGCUUCAGUGCGGAAAAGUGUUGAAGUUUCAAAAUCUGUUUGUAAAAAGUGAAAAUCUAAAGAUUAAAAACGCAGGCAAAAAUCAUUAAAAAUGUACGGUUUUGUAAACUAUGCCUUGGAGUUGUUGGUGACAAAGACUUAUGGCGAAGAAAUAUGGGAAAAGAUCAAGAAAAAGGCAGAAGUAGCUAUGGAGGGAUCUUUCCUUGUACGACAGAUAUACGAAGACGAGAUCACUUACAACCUGAUCACUGCAGCUGUGGAGAUUUUGGAAAAACCUGCAGAUGCUAUUUUAGAGCUGUUCGGAAUGACAUUUUUCGAAUUUUGCCAAGACUCUGGCUAUGACAAGAUUCUUCAAGUUCUUGGUGCAACACCGCGCGACUUCUUACAGAACUUGGAUGGUCUCCACGAUCAUCUGGGUACAUUGUACCCUGGUAUGCGGGCCCCAUCGUUCCGUUGUACCGAAAGACCUGAGGACGGAGCCCUGGUGCUUCACUACUACUCCGAUAGACCUGGAUUGGAACAUAUUGUCAUCGGGAUUGUGAAGACAGUAACCAGCAAGCUUCAUAAAACGGAAGUAAAGGUGGACAUCUUGAAGACUAAAGAGGAGUGUGAUCACGUCCAGUUCCUCAUCACCGAGACAUCUACUCCAGGGCGAGUUUCCGUACCUGAGAUUGCUGAGAUUGAGACUUUGUCACUUGAACCGAAAGUCAGUCCCUCAACAUUCUGCCGAGUUUUUCCGUUCCACCUGAUGUUUGACCGCGAGCUGAACAUAGUCCAGGCUGGCCGCACCGUAUCGCGUCUGCUGCCUAGAGUGACACGCCCUGGAUGCAAGAUCACUGAUGUAUUGGAGACGGUUCGUCCGCAUUUGGAAAUGACAUUUGCGAAUGUUCUAGCACACAUCAAUACUGUUUAUGUAUUGAAGACGAAGGCAGAGGAAAUGACUGUCACUGACCCUCAUGAAGAAAUUGCUUCUUUGCGUUUAAAGGGUCAAAUGUUAUACAUACCAGAUACAGAUGUGGUUGUCUUUCAAUGUUACCCCAGUGUUACCAAUCUUGAUGAUUUGACACGACGUGGACUAUGCAUUUCGGAUAUCCCCCUUCACGAUGCUACAAGGGACCUGGUGCUGAUGUCCGAGCAAUUCGAAGCUGAUUACAAGUUAACCCAAAACCUGGAGGUCCUCACUGAUAAGCUUCAGCAAACCUUCCGAGAGUUGGAGACGGAGAAGCAAAAAACUGAUAGACUCCUAUACUCCGUACUGCCAAUCAGCGUGGCUACUGAGUUACGUCAUCGCCGCCCCGUGCCAGCUCGCCGAUACGACCCCGUCACGCUUCUCUUCAGUGGCAUCGUGGGUUUCGCUAACUAUUGCGCCAGAAACAUUGACCAUAAAGGCGCAAUGAAGAUAGUGAAGAUGCUCAACGAUCUAUACACAGCGUUUGAUGUGCUGACUGAUCCGAAGCGAAACCCUGACGUUUAUAAGGUGGAGACAGUUGGUGACAAAUACAUGGCAGUAUCUGGCCUUCCGGAGUAUAAAGUGGCGCAUGCUAAGCACAUUUCGCUCCUCGCACUUGAGAUGAUGGAUCUGUCGCGAACCGUCACUGUGGAUGAUGAACCAGUGGGAAUAACAAUCGGUAUCCACUCUGGCGAGGUGGUGACUGGUGUGAUUGGUCAUCGCAUGCCGCGCUACUGUCUUUUCGGCAACACUGUUAACCUGACGAGCCGGUGCGAGACAACUGGCGUGCCUGGCACUAUCAACGUCAGCGAGGAUACUUACAGUUACCUGAUGAGGGAUGAUAACUUCGAUGAGCAGUUUGAGCUAACCUACCGUGGCCAUGUCUCUAUGAAAGGGAAGGCUGAACCGAUGCAGACAUGGUUCCUUACUCGGAAGAAUGCAUAAAAGAAGAGGGAACGUUUACUUCACAAAUAACUAAAUAACAUUGGAUGUUUAUCACGUCUAAUCUAUAUUCAUAGAAAAAUAAAUGUCUAGAUGUUUGUGGAUUACCAAAAAAACUGUUAAAGACCAAAAAUAUAUUAUAGUUUUAACUAAAGUAUCCUAAAAAAUUGCCCCCAAAAUCAUUAUUAUUAGGUACCUACUUCUUAUAAUAGGAAUGCUGACUCAUUUACAUAUUUUGUUUUUUAAAUAUUAUGUACUGUCUUUUGUUUUAUAUUUAUAUUAAAAAAAUAGAAGUUUAUUGAUUAGUGACGUCACUAAUUUAGAAUUGUGAGAGUUUUAGUAAGUAAAAAAUUUAGCAUUGAUUAUUUUUAGUGAUUUUUUUGACAAAAAUUAAAUGUUAAAAGAUAUAUUUUAUGUUUUAUAUAUGUAAAAGGUAAAAGCAAUUCCAAAUUAAUCAACGUCCGUACUAAGCUGCGAAAGAGCACCAUAACUAGUUAUAUUUAUUUAAAUAUUUUAACAGUAUUGGAGAACUAAAAUUUCUCAGUGUUAAAAUUAUAAAACAAUCCAAUAUUACAGUUCGUCCGCUGUAGCAUGGUGCAGGUGACAGUACGUUUUACUCUAGAAAGUUAUCCGCGAUUCACGAUAAUAGUGCGUAUUAUGAACGUCAUAUGGCAACUGUCAUCCGCACCAUGUUACAGCGCACAUAGAACCGUUAUCGAAUACUGGCGAUAUUUCAGCAAACCCUUUUAAAUGAUACAAGAAUCUAAUUUAUUUGCAUUUAGAAAUCUGUGAUUUGUGUAAAUUAUCUGUAAUAGCGCAUAUAUAAAACUAUUUUGAAGGCCUAUCUAUAAAUCUAUGGCCUAAAUCUUAUCGAUGUUAGUAAAUUAAAGAUACUCGUAAAUUAAUACUUUAAAAUAUAUUUCUAAAAGCAAGCGUUUAUUUAAAUGGUCUAAUAAGUAGUGUUUGUGCUAAAAUCGAUCAGGUCAAACCCUCUGUAGUUGGUGCCAGAUUAAGGUACCUUGACGAUCUCAGUGGCGCAGUAGUAUGCGAGAUUUUACUAGACGGAGGUCCUGGGUUCAAUCCCCGGCUGGCCCGAUUGAGUUUUCCUUAAUUGGUCCAGGUCUAACUGGUGGGAGGCUUCGGCCGUGGCUACCACCCUACCAGCAAAGAUGUACCAAGCGAUUUAGCGUUCCGGUACGCUGUCGUGUAGAAACCGAAAAGGGGUGUAGAUUUUUAUCCUCCUUACAUGUUAGCCCGCUUCCAUUUCAGACUGUUUCCUCACUUACUUACCAUCAGGUGAGAUUGUAGUCAAGGGCUAACUUGUAAAGAAAAAAAAAAGAAAAAGGAAAAAAGAUGUUUCUAACUUAGCUACCACGGUAUGUCCUACGUAAACGUAAACAAUCAUUCAUAAACUUCGUUUACAAACGAGCAAACUCUACGUAACGUAAAAAGCUAAAUAUGACUCGUACUCAAGCUGCUAACGUAAACUGUAAAGUUAACGUGUAGUCGAUUUAUGCGACGGUGCCGUCGUCGAUUUUAUUUGGUAAACUCCGACUAAGCACUCUGACUAGUGGCUACCAAACAAACACACUACAAAUUUGGAUUCAAUUUGGAAAUUUGGAUUUCAAAGGGGUGUGGAUUUUCAUCCUCCUCCUAACAAGUUAGCCCGCUUCCAUCUUAGACUGCAUCAUCACUUACCAUCAGGCGAGAUUGUAGUCAAGGGCUAACUUGUAAAGAAUAAAAAAAAAAAAAAAAAAAAAUAUCAUACUAGCCGUGUUAAGUUAAUUCGUACUAAAAGACCAAGUUAAAUAAAAGCUUGUCACCUAAUUCGAGUACCUAUCUACUAAGUGACCUUUAAACUAUGUUACUAUUUAUUGUUACGUUUGUUUCUCUAGUCAUUUUGAAUUUAUUAUUUUAUAUUAAAAUAUUAUUUAUUAAAAAUAUAUAUUAAUCGUUGUUAUAAAAGUAAUUUUAAGUCUCUAAACAGUAAUUAAUAAUCACUUUUCAAAUACAAAUUAAAUGAAUGUAGUAA